AGCCCUCCCGUAGUCUGGGGUAAAGCCAUUAGAGACAUUCUCUCCUUCCUUCCGUUUGGUCAUCUCGCUUGCAUCUGCUCUUUCUUCAUCCCUCCACGCGGCGCGAUCCAAUAAACCAUCAGACAUGCAGCUUCCAUUUUUCAUCAAGACCCCAGCCGUUGCCAUCAUCGGCGAGACCUGCUACAACUCGCUGAUCGAGGAUUUCAACUAUCGCGAUGUGCACUGCAUCAAAUACGGCAUCUCCAAGGGUCUUGGCCUCGGUAUCGUCGCUGGUGGCGCUAUCGUCAAAGUGCCCCAGAUCAUCAAGAUUGUCCAGGCCCACUCAGCCCAGGGUGUGUCGCUGUCAUCUUACAUGCUCGAGACCCUUGCCAGCGUGAUUUCGCUCGCCUAUAACUUCCGUCAGAAUAACCCUAUUUCGACCUACGGUGAGACAUUCUUCGUCACCAUCCAGAACCUCAUUAUCCUGGUCCUCAUGCUCCACUACAGUGGCAAGAACACCACGGCCUUUGUGAUCCUCACGUCCUUCUUGUUCAUGGGCAACAUUCUCUCCAAGACCUCGCAGUUCACCCAAAUCGAUGGUACUGUCGUCACCACAGCAUUGGUCUCCCAGGGUGCCCUGGCCUUCUUGCAGUUCGCGACUAUCCCUAUCAACCUGUUCUCCAAGGUUCCUCAGAUCAUUGAAAAUUACAAGAACGGCAGCACAGGACAGCUCUCGGCUUUCACGAUCUUCAACUACUUUGCAGGAUCAUUGGCUAGAGUGUACACGACCUUGACGGAGGUGGACGAUAUCAUUAUCUUGUCGGGCUUCCUCCUCAGCACCAUCUUUAACUGCAUCCUCGCCUUGCAGAUGGCCCUCUACUGGAACAACUCGAGCCACCCCGUCAAGGAUGAGAAGGCCGGUAGCUCCUUGGCGGGCCCGUCCGAGACCAAGAAGCGUGUGAAGAAGCUCGAUUGAGAUGGGUGGUCCAGUGGUCGGUCAGGGAUGGAUAGGGCGUUGCAAAGAGGAAGGGCAAUAUGGGAAUCAUCUUGGAGCAGCGGCGAUGCUAUAGAGGUGUUUUCAGACGACGAUGAGGACGAGAAGUAUGGUCGAGUUGAUGAAAGGAGAUCCAAGACGCGAUCGCGGGCCAUCCGAAAGUCGCGCUGGCAAAGAGGGCUGGUGUUGCAAGUUGGGCGGUUACGGCUGAGGCGAAUGAUGGUUAUUGUUGGGGUGCUGGGUUGGUGGAGUAUGCAGUGGCUGGUCUACAAGUGGAUGACGGAAAUUCAGUUCGAGGGAACCAAGGACCGGUUCCUGUGGCGACAGGGUCUGCACCACGGACCCGUGCGUCCUUCUAACGGUCCGACAUCUGGCAGUAGUAAUGUGGUUCUUGAAGUUCUUUAGGUCUCUAUGUGAUAUGAAAUAAACAGAUUCAUCAGUGC